AUGAGUCGAACUAGUUCCGGACGUCGUCCUCCAGUAGGUCCUAAUUCAAUUGAAACAAAAUAUCUCAUAUCAACUGUUGGACCAAUAUUAGUUCGCGGUUUAGCAGAAAUAGUCGAACAUCGUCCAAAUGAACCUAUUGAAUAUUUAGCAACAUUUCUCUAUAAACAAGCUGAUAAUAUACGUGCUCAAAAACAAAAAGAAAAUGAUGCAAAACAAUUAGAAAUUGAAAAACAAAAAGCUGAAGAAGAUAAACAACAUCGUUUACAGCUUAAAAAUGAAAUUCGAGCUUUACGUGAACGUGAAGAAAAUCAACGUAAACAACGUCAAGCUGAAGAAAAACGUCGAAGAGAUGCAGAAGAAUUAGUUAAACGACAAAAACAAAAAUCAGCAACUUCUCCACCAAUACCAGCAGCACAUAAAGAAGAUAAUGACGUAUUUAUAGUUGAAUUCGGUGAAACAAAACUUCAUCGACAAGCUGCAAUUCGAGGUGCUAAUCUUUCUAAAUUACUUCGUGAAAAUUUUCAUUUAAUUGCAUCACGUAAUGCACAAGGAAAAACACCACGUGAUGUAGCUAGUGUUGCUGGUCUUCAAGGAAAUGUUAAUCAAAUUGACACUUUUUGUAUUGAAUUACUUGAAAACGGCAAUACAAAAGCAAUUAAUGAUUUACUUCUAUGUGGUUAUACAGAAUUAGUGGAUCAAUUAAAAACAAUUGAAGAUAAUAAUGAAGAUACAUUUUAUUUUGUUAAUAAUCAAAUACCUCAAUUAUUAGAAAAAAUUCAAGAAUUUCAACAUGCAAUAAAACGAGGCAACAUGAAAACAAUUAAGAAUAUUGUUGCUAAUCAUAAAAAUAUAGCAUUUUAUCGAGAUUCAGAUGGUUCAUCAUCAUUACACGAUGCUAUUGAUAAUCGAAAAUUUCAUAUAGCUUUAUAUCUCGUACAAAAAUAUCCAUCAUUAGCACUUGUAAAAGAUAUACGUAAUCGUACUAGUUUUGAUUUACUGAAUUUAAUUGAUGACAAUACUUUAACUGAUGAACAAUUUGGUAUAUAUGAUCAACUUAAACAAUUACUAAGUUCAGCUACAGCUAAUCAACAAGAAGAUUAUUAA